CACGAACACGUCCGCCAGUGGACCUUCUACGACCCCGUACGAUUUUCGUGAGAUUGCGUCUUAUUAUUACACAACAAAACAUAUUUUCACAAUCACUCAUUAUAUCCAAUAAUAUAUAGUUUUUUCAUUCAUUUCUGUCGUUCCGUAUCAUGUCCGAGUUAAAAAUGAAAAAAAAGCAAACGCCGAAAAUAAACAUAACUAAAUUGAUAGAUGAAGUCACCAAAUAUCCUCAGAUUUACAACCCGGAUCACGACGAUUUCAAUGACACAAAAAUAACGCUGGCAAUAUUUAAUACGUCCAUUAGCGAGAAGAUGGGCGGAAUACGAGGUAAUAAAUUAAUAAUAUUAAUAUAAUAUACAUAUAAAUAUAUCUAAUAAAUAAUUUUUAAAAAUGAUAUUAUAUUCAGUGUAAUACAUUAUUAUUAUAAUUUUAAGUAAGUACUUAUACCAAAUAUAGGUUCUAUAGAUAUUUAUUUAGCAUUUUGUUUUAAUUCAAAUGUAUAAUAUAUGCAUCAUGAAAAAAAAUUUGAUUCAAUAUAUUUUGAAAACCUUUACAUUGUAUUUUUCACACUAUUCACAGUAAGUUACGUAACGUAGGUUAUAGUACAAGUGUAUUAAAAAUUAUCGUAAGUAAAUAUUGAUAAUUUUUCCGUAAGUAUUGAGUUCCAUUUAUGAGAACAUAGACUACAUAAUUUUUGUCUAACUUUCUUCCUAUAAUACUGACUAUUAUACUGUAUUGUGUUGUUAAAUAUAUUAUUACCUAUAUGUGCUAUGUUACCCAUCUACGUCCAUAAACAGUUUUGUAACAAAAAUGUAUAUAAUAUUCCUUUAAUGUCCCGUAAAGUAUCGGUUAGUAUUAACCGUGAGUUAACCAACAUCACUUUGCUGUAUUGAGAAAAUUUAACCGCCGACUAUCCAGACAUUGUAUGAGCGGGCUUUAUAGUUAAGUACAAUAUAUUAGUGCUAAACUCGCAUUUCAUAAUUGCCAAUGAAAAAUUAAAUACCCGCGGAUGUAACUUUGCUAUUCUGCACCUCCUUUCUACGCUUAUCCUUUACUCACACACUCACUCCCACUUAUAAUCCAUCACCCGCUUAUCUCUCACCUGUCACUUCUCUUACUACUUAUAUCCCUCUCCUUUGCAACUCUUCGCACUCAUCAACAACUUACCAACUAAGCCACUCUUUUACGCAUUUUGCAAAAUUGAACUGUUGUUUCGUAAGACGAAAAAAAAACAUUAAACUAAUAAUAACAGAUUAAAAUAGACCUUGUAUGUAUAAUAUAAAUAAAUUAGAAAAAUUCAAGAGGAUUAAAAAAAAAAUAAUAUAUAGAUAUACGCAGUUCAUAUUAUCACGUAUAAAAGACAUACAGGUUACAUAAUAAUAUGUAUAAUUCGUAUAAUAAGUGUACCUAUUUACCUAUUAAAUUUGUUUGAUGUAUAUUUUUAGUUAAUAUGACGUCCACCCAUAAAUUUAUUUACCAAAACAUCCCAAACUUCACGGAUACCUUAAAUGUUCGCACCGACACUUAAAAUCUGAAAUAGCCACUCCCGUAUUGAUUUUGAAUUUGUUUUAGAGUACAUAGCCAUCAGGUAGGUUACUUUAUUCUUUUUCCAUUACCUACCUAUUUUUAUAUUAUACUCGAUCAAUUAUCAUCUUAUUUUUUUUUUUUUUGAUAAUAGUUCUUUCUAAAAGUUAUGAUCAAAUCAUAAUAUCAGUUCAAGCUGACAAAAGCACUAUUAUUAUUAACAGCGUAUAACAUUUCGUUUUUUGUCAAAUUAUAUAAGGUCCCGUUUGUGUCAUAAACGAACACUUUAGAUAUUUAAAAAAAAGGUAAAUUAUUUUUAAUCUACUGAUAUAGCCGGUUACUUUAUCGUAAAGAGUUGUUCUUCUAAUUGUAGUGUAAUUUCAUUAAAUACCUAUUUGAUAUACAUUUAUACACGUCAUAUUAUACAUGCAUAUACCUACUCACAAAUACAAAUAUUAAUAUAGGUGUGGUAAAGGGUGGUAGAUAAGUGUAGUAAGUAUUAUAUUUUAUGUAUUUGUAUUUUGUUGUGUAUAUACUAUAACUCAAUGGCGUUCGGUCAAGUGAUCAAUUUAAUUUACACAUUGUAUAUAAUAUCAUAAUAUUAGGGAUUAAGUACCUAUAUACGCUUAUUUACUUCCCAUACUAUUUAUAUAGGUCCUAUAUUCUCUGUAUAUUAUUAUUGAUUAUAUCGAUUUAAGUACAUAUUACCUAUCUAUCAUUAUAUAUAUUAUAUUAUACUGUGAAUUCAUCGCAUUAAUUUUUACCGACAAUAUGAAUAAUCCAGGUAUUAUGAAUAACACCUAUAAACAUUAAACAUAAUGAUUUUAGGCAAAAUUCAAAAAUACGUUUUUUUUUAUCUCAGGAUCUUUGAUAUUAACAUCGGUUUUAUCAUUUUCAUUUGUUUCAUAAUUUUCGAAAUGUUCCUCGGUAAUUUCUUCCAUAGUCUUAAUUAAUUCCUCUUCAUUUAUAAUAUUUUGUAUUAAUUCUUCAGCCUCAUUAGGUAAAUUUUAUGUUGUUAAACCAAUAUUAAUCUUAAUAAUAUAUAUAUAUAAAUACAUACAUAUAUGUAUAAAAUAACAUGUCCUGACUGAUUGACUCAUUGAUUCAUUAUCGCCUAUCCCAAUCCACUGGACAGAUCUGGUUGAAAUUCGACAUACAGAUAGCGAUUAUGACGCUGUGAUCCACUAAAAAAGGAUUUUUCAAAAUUUAACCCCUAAGAGUGUAAAAUAGAGGUUUUUAGGUAUUUUUGAUGCGAAUAUUUAAUUGUUUAUUUAUUUAUUUUUGUUUAUUCAUGGGUUACCUUGGUGGUAUGGACGACAAUUUCAUUGUCACGGACAAGAAAACUAUUAUCAUUAAUAUUACUAUUAUUUACACUAUAGCAAUAUCAAAGCAUUGGGUCAGCUAGUUUUAUAUAAUAAUUUAAUUUUGUUGUUUAGUCAUCGUGAAAAUUGUGUAUAUUCCUUGUGUUUUUUGGAAUUAUGUGUUUUACCUAGGUAUUAUGCAUAACGUCGAUAACAUAAUAUACAAUUUCAAAAGUUAAUUUGAAGUCAAACGCACUGUAUUUUCUUACAUUAUGAACUAUUUAUGUUUUAAUUAUAAAAAUAACUAUGUAGGUACCUAUAUAGAGUAUAAAUAUACACCUAAACCUACAAAGAACUUUUAUUAUAGAUUUUAUAUUAUUAUAUAUUAUUGUAUAUUAUAAAUUUAUAAGUAUACAUUUUCUUUGUGCAAUAUUCUAUAACGAUCUUAAUUUAAACGGGGAAAGCAGUAUGUAUAAUAAAUCAUUCAUUUUCGCAUAUUUAAAACAUUAUAGUAAAAUGUAGGUGAUAUAUUGAUAUUACUUACAUUUUUUUCUACAUAAAACUAAAACAAAAGUUUGAGGUUCUGGAUGUAAUAAGUAUUUUCAAUAAUUUUUAAAAGUUUUCAACGUUUUUUCGGAAAAUAAUAUAUAAUAUUAUAGUAGCCGGCACUUUUAUUACAUAUUUUAAAACCCGUUUUAAUAAUAUUAUAAGAAAUUUAUUCCAUUUAUAGGCAUAUUUAAAAAUUAUUUAUAUGUAUUAGAUAAUCUAUAUCUAACUAUCCUACAUAAAUCGCACGAUAAAAGAAAAUAUCACGAGUUAACGUUUUAUUCUUGGUUUCAAAUUUAUUGUACUCAGAGUCUACGAAUAAUUUUUCCUAGUAAUAUAAUUUGAAUAUUUGAUAACUUUAUAAAUCAUUUCGCAUUCAUUCUGAAGUACUUACUUCCUAAAAACACUACCGUUUCAUCGCAGAUACUUUAUAUGUAAGUAGGUACCUAUUUAGUAUUUAUAUUUAAAAUAUAUCGCUUUUUGUUCAUUUAUUAAUUUAUCAUUUUUUUUUUUUUAUUUUACAAUUCAGUUAAUUUUCAUCGAACACUGAUAAUAUUCCUUUAUAAACGUGGUUAAAUUUUCAAAACAUUUCUUAACUAUAUAUAGGUAUUUUAAAAUCACAUCAUCUUGUGCACACUAUUUUUCGAUUUACAUGUAUACAACUUUUUCGGUUUAUGUAGUUACAAAUUAAAAAUUAAAAAUUAAAUUUGUUCAAAACUUGCUAUAACAAUCAUUGGUUUUGAGUAUGUGAUAGAAUAGUGAUUGUUAUAGCAGUUAUAAAUUCAGAAGUUAUAGAAAGAUAUGACUGCUAGUGCAGUUAUUUUUAUUACGAUAUUAUCGUUUUCGGACCAAUUUAAUGUUUAAUUAUGACUUAAUAAUUGAUUGGAGAAAUGUUAUCAAGCUUUUGGCAAUCGCUUUUGUACAUUUUUUGUAACUAAAAUAUUUAUUCAGCUAUAUGAGUGAUGCUAGAAUUACAGUAAAAUCUAUAACUGCUAUAAUAGUGGUGUCCGGCAAUGUAUUAAAACGAAUUUCACUCAAACCGUUUUUUGUUAGCAAUGUUUUGUUUAAAAACGGUAAAUUAUUCCAGAUUUACCUACUUCACAAAAAAAAUAAUAAUACACAUACAAAUUUUGAAACAAAUAUAAGUAGGUAGGUACCUACCUACAAAUCAAAUUUUAUAAAUAAUUUUAAUUUGCAGGUGAUUUACUGCAUCGGAAGUGGAACAAAAUUUUAUAUAAAUACGCCAGUUUUAUUAAGAAGUUGAGUAAUGACGAUUCAUCCGAAAGCACUUUGGAAAAAUUUAUGGAGUGGCCGUGGACAAGAUCUAUGCGUGUUUUCAAACCGUAUGUUCGCAAGCAAUUGUAAGUCAUGUAUAAAAUAAUUUGUAUAAUUUAUACCUAAAACUUAAUACUUGUAGUAUUAUACAAGUAGGUAAGUAGUCUAUAUACAUUAUACAUGUACGAGGUCUGGUUAUUAAACAACGAGACUGCUUAUGAAAAAUGGUUUUAUUUUUAAAAUUAUUCCACAACCAAAUGUUCCCCUUCAAUAUACUCUCCUCCCCUCUUCACACACCGUUUCAUUCGUUUCUUCCAUUGCUCAAGGCAGUGCUGGAAGUCUGUUUUCAUAAGACCAUUCAGGAGUUCCGCCGAUUUUUGUUUCACCUUUUCCAUCGACUCAAACCGGAUUCCUUUUAAGGCAGACUUUAUCUUCGGAAACAAGUAAAAGUCGCAGGGUGCCAAGUCGGGUGAGUAAGACGCGUGUUCGAGUAUUGGAGUGCCUUAAGCGGCCAAAUAACGCUUCACAGACAGCGCGUUAUGGGCAGGUGCGUUAUCCUGGCGCAAGAUCCACGACUUGUUUUUCCACAAUAUCGACCGUUUCUUACGAACUCAUUCGCGCAAUGUUGCCAAAACUGUCAAAUAGUAAUGUUGUUCACAGUUUGACCCUCUGGAACCCAUUCUGUCAUCACGAUGCCGUUGAUAUCGAAGAAAACGGUUUUGAAUUUGGAUUACGACUGAAUUGGAUUCCGGUGCACUCUCGACCUUCAGAAAAUAAUUUAUGCCACACAAAAACACGCGCCCGAGAUAGGAAAUCCUCACUAUAGGCUUCUUUUAACAAUUUGUAGCACUCAGUUGGAGUUUUUUUUAGUUUAACGAGAAAAUUGUACGUUUAUCCGUUGCUCAUGUUUUUCGUCACACAUCGUUUUCGGCAAGAGAAAAAAACAUGUUCGUUUCUAAACGCUACAGAAAAAAUACCAAUUCACCAACAAAAACCCAAUUUUGUACUGGCAUAAUAGACACUUCCAGCUAACUAGCGCUGUAUUUGGUUUUCCCCUAAUCUCUUUGGGACGCUCUCUGCGCGCACAAUCUCGUUGUUUAAUAGCCAAACCUCGUACAAAAAUGUUAACCAUUUUGUCGAAUAUUAAUUAAUAUGAUUCAAAUUAUAUCAAUUAUUAUUUUUACUUAUUAAUAAUAAUUCUAGUGAUUUUCUGCAGUUUAUGCAUAUUACUACAUUUUUUAUUCUUAUUUCUACCUAUAUUUAAUAAGUAACGAAAUCUAAUAUUUAGAAAUUGUUUCUUGCAUUUUUUUUUCUUGUUUAAUAUUGUAUAAUCAAAGAAAAUCAUUAACGUGAAAAGUGCUCAAUAAAACGACAAUAUUGUUACAAUUUUUAACUAUUUGUAUACAAACAAAAAAGUAGAAUGUUUGUAGGUAGGUAUUUUUUUUAACUUUGAAAUUCAUGUAUACCUAUUUAUAAUAUAUAGUUGACCUAUUCAGGUCAUUCUUUUAACUUUUAUGAGCCAGUGACUAUCUACGAAGAUUAUUUGUAUAAGGUAUCCCAAUAUGAACAUGAAAUUUUUUAGGUACCUUCCCUUCCCAACUCAUCCGGUCUAAAUGUUUUACUUAUAAACAGUUUAGGUACUUAUUACUUCCAAUAUUAGUGCGUAUGUGAGUAAAUAUGUCAACAUUUUUAGACAAAUAUUCUCUUUUUGAAUCUGAUUUUAAAAAUAUCAUGACAGGUUGUUGUUUAUAUUAUUUAUGACGGUAUUCGGAAUUGAAAAAAUAUUUUUUAAAGUAUUAUAAACAUGAAAAAAAAAAACAAAAUCAAACAUCUACGAAAUAUUUAAUCUACUAAUAGAUAAUCGCUGGUUCAUGACAAAAUAAUCAUGCAGGUAUAUUAACCGAUAUUAUGAAAUGAUUGUUUUUCUAGUAACAUUCCUAAAUUUGAGCCAUCACAACUGCUAGAUGUCGAGUUUGGUCACGACAGUUUCGAGCCCCGCCAAUUUAUGCAUAUACCAACAUUGCCUGAUAUGUUAAUGGCAGCUGGGACAAUGGCAGCUGGGUCAAUGGCAGCUGGAUCAAUGGCAGCUGGGCCAAUGGCAGCUGGGCCAAUGGCGGAUGGGUCAGUGUCAGAUGAGCCAGUGGCAGCUGGGUCAAGGGCAGCUGGGCCAGUGGCAGCUAGGCCAAUGGCUGAACGUCCGCGUGUAUUACCUACGUCUGGAUCGGGGACAAGACCAGAAUUUCUAUUGCAUAACAUGCCGGACAUUACAACAGAUCGCCCGGAAUUUCCACCCCAAGGUGCGGUGCCGGAAUCUGGAUUGGCUUCCCCCAAUUUUGUGUUGGAUUUAUCCCCAACACAUCAGAGAAUGCAACUGCCGGCGUACAUUGAAAAUCUGAUCAUAUCGACAUUGAACAACACUCUCCAAAUGUCUAAUGAUCAACUCGAUUUGCGGAUUUUUCAAAACAUUGCCGCACUUAUGGGGCUCCGUCACCGAAUUAAUAGAAACGGCGUGUUCAUAGGCAUGAACAGAGACACGGACACAGGCACAGACACGGACACGGACCUUUAUAGUUCAGACACAGAAGAGGAAAUUGAAGCAGGCGACUUCACUGAUGAGGCCGGGCCGUCGUCUCGGCCGAAAAAACCAUCUGCCAGAGCCCGUCGCGCAAACGUACCCAAUAAAAGUACUAAGCGAAAUGCCGAAACUGAUGAUGAAGUUCUACCGGAUAUACCGAAACCCAAGACACAAAAAUUCGAAAGAGGACCGGCGGAAUUUACAGCCCAAGAGCACAUAUUUCUUGCAUGGGCUAAGACAUUGAGUACAUUCACUGCCAAAAGACAAGCGACGAUCAAAAUGAAAAUUAAUAAAAUCAUGUCCGAAGCCGAAUUCGAAGAUUUGGACGACGAAUUUUUCGCGGGUAAUUUAACAUUUUUUUACUUAGAACAGCUCAUGAUUACCCGUUUCGCGAAAUGGGACAACGUUUGUAUUUAUUUUACAAAAUGGAACCACUGUAUCUCCACUUCGAGUAAAAAUUAUACAAUUAUGAAUGUAAUUUCGUGAAAUUGAUAACCACUUAAACUGUACACAACGGAACUUGUUUCGUCAUUUGUAUAUCCAUGUAGCGAAAUAAUACACUCUACUUUAUUUUUAACAGAUUUCCUUAUUCGCAAUUUAAUUAAUUUAACGAUUUAUUAUUAUUAAUUUGAAAAAUGUAUUAUUAUUAUUAAAAAAAAGACAGACAUACUUCGCACGAUGGGUGGACCACUGUUGUAGGUGAGCAGUUGGAUAGGUAGAAUAUAGAGAGGAAUUCAAUGUAUUUUUGUUUGCAACGAUUAAUCAUUGCUAAAAAAAAACGAUUAUGAGCAGAAUUUGGUUUUACAUGUUUCAAAAUACUGUAAUAUUUACGAUUUUCGUCAAAAUUUAAUAUAAAAAUUCUUAUGAAAAAAAAACUUCACUAACUCAACUUCUUCUUGUUGGCCAUUUCUAUAUUUCUGCAUAUCUCAUUAGUCUAACAAUUUUAUCCACAGAGUAUCUACCCGCUACUGAAUAAAUAUUACGUAAAAAACUCGUAAUAUUUAAAUGUCUAUAAAUAGUUCAGAAAUAAUUAAAAUGUUUUAAAAAUUUUACCACGCCUAUAAAAGAUAAAUAUAUUUCUGUCCAAAUUUCAAGUCUCUAUAGACAUGUUGAACUAAAUUACAAAAAAAAAAAACAAAAUUGAAAAUAAUAAAAGCAUUAUUUUCGUAAUUUUUUCCGUUUUUUUCUCAAUUAUUUUGAAAACUGUUUAGAUAAUUCAAAAAUGACACACUUUAAGUAUUAUCCCAAGAAAAUUUCAUUUCUGAAAGGUAAUAUACUUGAUAAUCGGAGCAAAAUUUCUAAUAGAAUUUGUGUACAUAAUAUAAAAAAAAUACAUUUUUCGAUUCGCUCAUAAUAUAAAAUUAAAAAGUAUCAAAUAAAAUAUUAAUAGAUAAAAAUAGGAAUUUUAUUAAAAAAAAAAUAAUUAUAUUAUUUUAAUAAACUCAGAAAAAACAAGACAGCUCCAACGAAAUUAAUACCUAUUAUGAUUUAACUAAUUUGAGAUUUAGUACAAAAAGCUGAAUUAAAUAAGUAGGUAGUAAUAAGUAAGCCAUUUUAUUAAUAAUUAUUAAUUAAUAAUACAAAUUAUUUUUUCCUAAAUGUAACUAACAAGAUUUAAAUAUUAUUACCAAUAAAAAUAAGAAAACUAACUGUAAAUAUCAACUUAAUCUUUUUAAUCUUAAUCUAAUAAUUCUUGUUGCCAUAAUAUAUUUUAAAAUUCUUUAAAUAAAUAAUAAUAAUUAACAUAUUUUUAAAAGUAAUUGUAAAAUCUUAAAAAAUUUAAUUGUUUUCGUAGUAAUACUACUAAUAGUAAUAUAUUCAUUAAAAAAAAGAAAGUUUAUUGUUUUGCUGUAUGGUCAUCCAAAUGAGGAAACAAGUUCUGUUGUGUAUAGUUUAUGUAUCCAUUUCACUAAAUGUUAUCUCUACUUUUUUGAAAUUGUUCAAGAGACAUAAAUACAAUUUUAUUACUUAAUCCUCCUUUGGUUAAAUUAUUAUUUAAAAAACACAUGUCUAUGCGUUAGGUGUAUAUAGUACAGUAUUCACAUUGAUUAGAACAAUAAUCAGAUAUCUUCAGAAAUAACCUUUUAUUACACAGACAAUUUUAAACUAGACAUGUAUUUUUAUACUAUAUUAGCUAACCUGGUAAACGCAAGUAUAUAUCGUUUUAAAAAUAUAGACAACAUUUUUCUUUAUCAAAAAAUGUAAAAACAUACAUUUUGAAAAAAAAAAAAAGUUGGAGAUAGUCUGUAAUUGCACCUGACCCUUUAAUUAGGCUAAGUAGAGAAAUCAUAGUUCCAUUUUGUGAAAAAAAAAGCAGCUCUAAAAUGUUACAUUAAUAUUAUUUUUAUCAUUCUUAUUUCUGGGGGUUAAUAACUUUUGAUUUUCAAAUGGUAAAUUACAUUACAAAUUACAUAAAUAGUUGGAAUAAAUGUUAAAAUACAUUUUAGUGUUGCAAUUUUUCAUUUAUGUCUUUUAUAAACUUAAUAGUCAUAAAAAAUAUAACUAAUUGUUGUUGAUUUAAUUUUUUUCAAGCCAAUUCACCAGUACACCGGUCUAUUUACACUUCUCCUCGUUGAACAAAUUAAUUCGUUCUCCAGCAAGUGGUUUAGUGUACUUAUCUAUGUACAAUUUCAGACAUCAAGUACAUCACCCAAAUAUGUUUAAAACUCAUUAUUGAAGAACAGAGAAGUACACAAUACUACAUUAUUAGUAAUAUUAUGAUGGUUUUUUAAUACAAUAAGACCAUUUAUUAUCAUUUUUAGGAAAAAUGGCAUUAUUUUACUGGUCAUCAGUAAUUAUUAAUUAAUAUGUUUUUAUUAGGUAGGUAAUAGGUAGGACUAUUAAGUAGGUAUAUAUAUAUUUUAAUGUUAAAUUAUAGUUAUGUAAGGUUAGUCAUUAUACUUGAGUUCUGAUUUAUGUACUAAAAAUAAUUUCCAUAUACCUAAUAUUGUAAUGACAUUUUUUUUUUAUCUAUUUCGCCAUUAUUUGAACACAAUUAAAAUAAAUAGAACAUUUAUACUUUUUUUUUUUAAAUAUCUAUUAAAUAACUUAUUAUACAAUUAUAUAAUUAUUCGUAUUAUUAUUAUUAUUAUUAUAAAACUUAUUAUUAAAAAUAUUAUUCAAUAACUAUUAUUUAAUAGUAAUUUAAAAAUCUAUUUAAAUUAUAUUAGUUAACUCAAGAAAUUUUAGAAUUGUAUAAAUUCAAAAUAAAUAUGUUGAGUUUUUCAAAAAUUAAGAAAGGUAUUAAUACCAUAAUAUUGAGUAUUAUCUAUUAUAUUUAAAUUAUAAUUAUAUAGAAAUUAAGAUUAGGUUUUUGCUUAACCUUACUAUUAAAAACUAUAUCCAAAAUUUAUUGUCUUAGACUAGGUAACAAAAGAGCACACUUUUGUUAUAUAGUUAAAAUAUCAUAAAAUCUCUAAAUUAAACAAUUAACAAUGCUAUAUUAAUUGGUUCUGUAGAAAAAUUAUGUUUUACAUUGAAAUUUAUUGUUAAUUUAUUACACAUAAGUGCAUUAGAUAAACUUAACCUUUUCAUCAAUUGAGUCUAGAAAAAUUUAGUUAUAAAUUUAAAUUAAUUGAUAAAUAUUACACAUAAUUAUUAAAUAUUAAGUUAACUUAAGCUUUUUUGUAGGUAAUUAUUUAUUUAAUAGUAAAUUAAUAACCCUUUAAAAUUAUAUCAAUUAACUUAGGAAAUUUUAAAAUUUUAUAAAUUCAAAACAAAUAUUGUUUUUCAAAAAUUAAAAUAGUUGUUAAUACCAUAAUAUUGAGUAUUAUAUAUUAUAUUUAUAUUGUAAUAUUAUACAAGUUAAGGUUAAAUCUUUGCUUAACCUUACUACUAAAAACUAUAUCCAAAAUUUACUGUCUUAGUCUAGGUAACAAUGGCACACUUUUGUAAUACUAUGACAGUAAACCAAAUAAUUUAGUUGUAGUUAAAAUAUCAAUUAAUCUCUAAAUUAAACAAUGAAUAAUGCUAUAUUAAUUAGUUCUGUAGAAAAAUGAAUUGUUAAUUUAUUACAUAUAAGGACAUUAGAUAACUUAACCUUUUUAAUAGUCAAAUAUUAUUAUAUGAAUUAAAAUAAUUAUCAUUAAAUAGUAUUUAUUUACAGUUAUCAUAAGACUUGGUAUAUCCUGGUAUAAAUAAAAAAGGUCAGUUAAUCUGAUAUUUUUAAUAAUUUGGUAUGGGAAAAAAUGUAAAAAAUUAACUCAAAUGUACUACUAACAUUUACAUUAUGAACUCAAAAAACAAAACCACAAGUUUACUACACUUAUUUAAAGACAUUUAUUGAAUUUCAACAAUAUUUAAACAUGAGAAUAAAAAAAAUAGUUUAACAUAUAUAAUUAAUUUUCUACUAUAAAAAAUGUCAUCGUUUGAGAACAUUAAUAAACGUAUCACGUGGAAUUUCAAUAUCGCCCACCAUUUUCAUUUUUUUCUUGGCAUCUGACUGUUGUUUGAGAAGUUUCAAUUUUCGUGUAAAAUCACCAGCACGCUUUCCACACUA